AAUUUCUUACUCUUACAAGUUGAAUGACUUGCAUUCUGAUAUGUUUUAUGCAGAGUCCUGAUGGGGAUUUCAUAGACUGUGUUCUGUCUCAUCUUCAACCUGCUUUUGAUCAUCCUGAACUUAAAGGGCAGAAACCAUUGGAUCCACCAGAGAGGCCAAAAGGCCUUUAUUUCACAGAAGCAGCGAGGGAAAGCCUCCAGCUUUGGACAGAUUCAGGUGAGUCAUGCCCUGAAGGAACUGUUCCAAUCAGGAGGACUACAGAGAAAGAUAUUCUGAGAGCAAGUUCUGUUAGAAGAUAUGGAAGAAAAUUAGGAAGAAAUGUAAGGAGAGACUCAACCGGGAAUGGUCAUGAGCAUGCUGUUCUGUUUGUAAAUGGAGAACAAUAUUAUGGAGCAAAGGCAAACCUAAAUGUCUGGGCGCCCCGGGUAACUAAUGAAUAUGAGUUCAGUUUGUCGCAGAUUUGGGUUAUCUCUGGUUCAUUUGGAAAUGAUCUGAACACCAUCGAAGCUGAUAACUAUCCUAGGUUCUUCACAUAUUGGACAACUGAUGCAUACCGAACCACCGGAUGCUACAAUUUACUCUGCUCCGGGUUUGUCCAAACUAACAACAGGAUUGCCAUCGGGGCAGCAAUCUCUCCAAGGUCCUCCUACAAUGGCAGACAAUUUGACAUUGGCUUAAUGGUUUGGAAGGAUCCAAAUCAUGGACAUUGGUGGCUAGAAUUUGGAUCAGGACUAUUGGUGGGAUAUUGGCCUGCAUUUUUGUUUAGUCACUUGAGAAAUCAUGCAAACAUGAUACAAUUUGGAGGGGAAAUUGUGAACACAAGAUCAUCAGGACACCACACAUCCACUCAAAUGGGGAGUGGCCAUUUUGCAGAAGAAGGAUUUGGGAAAGCAGCCUACUUCCGGAACCUCCAAACCGUGGAUUGGGAUAACAACUUGCUUCCCCUAACAAACCUUCGUCUCUUGGCUGAUCAUUCAAACUGUUAUGAUGUAAGACAAGGGAGAAAUCGUGUCUGGGGAACUUACUUUUACUAUGGAGGUCCAGGAAAAAAUGUGAGAUGUCCAUGAAAAAAAACUCAAAACAGCAUAGCAUAGGGUAAAAAGAUAAGAGAGUGAGACAUUAUUUUUCUCUGAUUUUUCUUUCUGGGUAUUUGGUUUUCCUCCUACAUUUAACAUGGUUUGGCCUAUUUUUAGAUUUUUUUCCCUUUUAUUUCAAUGUAUAUUUUCCCUUCUCUUAUAGGUUACUUUUCCCACUUUUCGGAUUCAAUAUAAAAUUUAGGGUAAU